GAUGUGGCGCUGCGCGCUUCCUGUCUGCGUUUAGCCCAGAGAUCCCCAUCUAUCCCCUGAGUUCACUGCAGUGUCUGUCCCCGGACGGUUAAAACACACAUAUUUCCAAUCAUGGCUGUGAACCUGAGCAAAAACGGCCCGACCCUCACCGCGGCCUAUAACGAGGUGGUGGAUGAGAAAUCGGAGACUAACUGGGUCCUCUUCACAUAUGAGGGCAACACCAAUGACAUCCGCCUGGCAGAAAAAGGAGAUGGUGGUCUGGAGGAGAUGGUCGAGGAGCUGAACAGCGGGAAGAUCAUGUACAGUUUCUGUCGCGUUAAAGACCCCAAUUCUGGUCUUCCCAAAUACGUCCUCAUCAACUGGACCGGGGAGGGUGUUAAAGAUGCCAGAAAAGGACAGUGUGCAAACCAUGUGAGCACCAUGGCAAACUUUCUUAAGGGAGCUCACGUGACGAUAAACGCACGUGCGGAGGAAGACGUGGAGCCUGAUGCCAUCAUGCAGAAAGUGGCGAAAGCCUCAGGAGCUAACUACAGCUUUCACAAAGAGUCUAAUCGCUUCAGAGACACGGGACCCCAGGGGCCUGUGGGAUCAGUGUACCAGAAGACUAACGCCAUGUCGGAAAUAAAAAAAACCAACAAAGACAAUUUCUGGGCCCAAACGGAGAAAGACGAGGAGAAACGUCUUCAGGAGGAGAAGAGGAAGGCAGAGCAGGAGAGACAGAGGAUGGAGAAAGAAAGAAAGGACAGAGAGAUGAAGGAGGCGGAGUUACGGGAAAGGAAAGCUAAAGAGAGAGCGUCACAGAUAGACCAACAGAGGAAGUACCAACAGCAGCAAGAGGUGAACACUCAAGCCCAAGAGAAGCAGCAAGAAGCGGCGUCUCUCAUCUCCCAGCGCUCCGUUAAUCCCCGAGAAAUGUUCAAACAGAGAGAGAUGGGUAUCCACCCGACUAACACAGACAACUCUCCAUCCAGUCCAAAACCAGAACCCAGUUUUGAGGAACAGCCCAGAUCUCAGUAUGUGGAACCAGAACCUGAACCUGAGCCUGAGCCUGAGCCAGAAUACGAAGAUGUUCAAGUAGCCAGUGAUCAUUAUGAAACGCACAUAGAGUCUCAGCUGCCAUAUGAGGCGAUAGUGGAACCAGACAACAUCUAUGAAGAGCCUGCACCGGUGGAGGAACAGAAAACGUAUGAUCAGGCUGGUGACCGUGGUGUUUGUGCCAGGGCUCUGUAUGACUACCAGGCUGCGGAUGACACCGAGAUCUCAUUUGACCCUGAUAAUAUCAUUACCAGCAUUGAGAUGAUCGAUGAAGGCUGGUGGCGAGGAUACGGUCCGGACGGUCAUUUUGGAAUGUUUCCGUCCAAUUACGUUGAACUUAUCUAACACAGCUCAACCUAUCCCGCACCCUCCAUCGGAGUCGGCCUGCGUUGAUUUGUCCUGCGCAGAUUCAACAGAUCUCUGGGGCUUUGAGCAAAAUGGGAUCGGUAUAUUUGAUUGAAAAGACUGAAACUAAAAUCAUGCACCAAAAGAGUGGUAAUCAUGUGAUCGGGGGUAUUUAAACUCUUGAAAGUGAUCUUCUGUAUACUGUAUUGGUAGUUUUCUUUUGUUCGUAUUAUUUCAUUUCAAGCUGUCCAUUAAUUUCACAAAACAAUACUGAUGCUGGCAGACGCCCUCAGCAGAGACGACCCAAUAGUUGCAGGAAUCCUUGUAAUAUGGACGGGAUGAAAGUCAUGCUUGUGAUGUUGUUCCCGUCACAUCUUUUUAGACUGAACCUUUGUGCGGUUUUUCUUUUUAGCUUUUCAAACAUUAAGAUUUCAACAUAAUAAAGGAAACAUUUUUCUGUUUUCGAGAUGUUCAGCGCAGCUAAGUUUAUAGUUUGAACGUAAUUUUGCCUUGAUUUUGUCCUCUCCACAAGACUGGGUUGGACUGCCUUGGUUUUUUUUCCACAGAUGUCUUGGUACAGUGUUUACUGAGAAAUAGACGUGACAAGUUAAUUUGCUGUUUCCUAUAGUCAGCUUUGGUUUUGAUGGUAUUGUCACCAUAGCUGUUAGCUUCAGUGCUUAAGAAUCAGCGUGGGUUUAACAUUUCUUUAAGACUUGUAUACCACAGCUUUCCUGUCUACUCAGAAAUGUGGAAAAUAUUAAUACUGUGAUUUUUAGGUUUCAGGGAUCCGUCAUUCUGUCAUCUUACUGCCUUGGGGUCUCGGGUUGGGUCUGUAUUACACGUGUGACGCCUGUAUGCCGAGUAUUUGAGUGGAUGCACCAAGACUCGAAUAAAAUCACAUCAGUUGUUUCUCCACUCUUUUGAUUUUUAUUAAUCACGUACUUGCAUAUACUGUCAGUGGGGAGGUAGAGUAUUUUUGUGGAGAUUUUCAAGAUUUAUUUUAAUAAAGACCCAUAUGGAAACAUCAAAAGAUCAUAAAAUCGUUUGACAGUGUGGUGUUAGACACGUUGUUAGAGGUCAUUGUGAAUAUCUAACAAGUCUGAACAAUGUUGUUACUUACAUUAAAAGAAUAAAUUAAAGAGUUUUAAAAUGGA